AUGGAGCGCAUGUCUUUCUUGACAAGGGACGGUCACUUCCUGCGCCCGAUAUGCUCUUCAUGUUUCUGUCGGAUCCGUUCUACGAAAAACUCUGUUCUCCAAUCUUCAAACAGACCUCAGCGACUCCAAGAUGUAUCCCGACACUUCUCCCCGCAGCGCGUUUUUCACAACACCCGACAGAGCAGCCUACACCAGGAAUCACAGACACACCAAGCAUAUCCCUUGAAGGGCUACUAUUCUGAUAUUCUCUCUCAUCCGACCGAUCUAUCUAUGUCUAAUCCUCCCCUUCGAAAUACAGCCGCUUCUUCUACCCUGCCACCAUCAUCGCAUUCCCCCUCUAAACAACAAGAACUUUCUCCGGCCGAACGGAUGAGCAUAGUUUUUGGUACUCGCCUCGCUGGGCCGGGCUAUACAUCCCGCUAUAACCCGGACACACCGCCCGACUCGACUUGGCAGACCAUCAAUGGCGUCCCCAUCCCUCCGCGGCCCACUGAACCCGACAAUUGCUGUAUGAGUGGAUGCGUACACUGCGUAUGGGACGAUUAUCGGGACAAUGUUGAAGAAUGGGCAGCGCGCGUGCAAGAAGUGAAGAAGCGCCGGUCCCGUGCGAAGGUGUUAUCAGAGGAAAGCGCUGAUGUCAGACAUAUACUCCGCCGUGAGGUCAAUAACGCCAGUUCGAGUAUGGACGACGACGGAGGUGGUAGUGAGAGUAAUUGGAAUAGCGAUUCGCUGUCGCCCGGCUCGAAUGAUUUGUUCGAAGGAAUUCCGGUCGGAAUUCGAGAGUUUAUGAAGAUAGAAAAAAGACUGAGGGACAAGAAGAAGGCCUUUCAAACGGCGACCUGA